AUGGUCAAGUGGAGGUGCUAUUCGACGGGGAAGAGCGAGGAGGCGAAGCUCGUGGACAAGGCCAGUCAGCAACAGCCUGCCAUCACAAGCCCACCGAGCUCAGUAUGGGUAGAUCUGCUGAAGCUGAUCAAGCUGGCAAGGAGAGACUUCAAGCUGCUGAUCUGUGCGCUGACGCUGCUGUUGAUCUCGUGUAUGGUGAACAUGACGAUGCCCAAGGCCUACGGCCUGGUGCUGGACGCUACAAAGAACCUGGUGGAUGGGCAGCUGCCCGCGGUGGUAUUCGGGUGGUCGCUCUAUGAGUUCAUCGGUGUGCUGGGAUGCGUGCUGCUGGUUGGAAUCGCUGCUGACUAUGGCCGUAUCAUCAUGCUGAGGGUUCUUGGUGAGAGGCUGGUGUCACGACUGAGAUCCUCGGUGAUUAAAAGGACCAUGGGCCAGGAUGCUGAGUUCUUUGACGUCCAUAAGGUUGGUGACUUGAUCUCAAGGCUGGGGUCAGAUGCCUAUGUCGUUUCACGGUCGAUGACGCAAAACAUAUCAGAUGGGUUUAAGCACGCGAUCAACGGCACCGUGUCCACGGUGAGCAUGUUCCUGAUAUCAACACAGCUGGCUUGUGCCGUGUUCAUCUUCAUGCCUGCAAUACUGGUUGGAACGCUGAUCUUUGGUACGAAAGUCCGCAAGAUCUCUCGAGGAAUCCAGGAGGCGACGGGAAACCUCACCAAGGUUGGUGAGGAACAGCUGAACGGCAUCAAGACGAUUCAGUCGUUCGUGGCGGAGGCGAAGGAACAGAGGAAGUAUAACAAUGCGAUAAGAAGGGUGUUUGACCUGGGCUUGCGUGAGGCGAAGCUGAAUGCCACGUUCUACUCCUCAACGUACUGUAUAUCAGAUGCUACUUUCCUUAUCAUAUUGGCCUAUGGUGCUCAGUUGGUCUGCUCUGGCGCAUUAUCAGUGGGCGACUUGGCUGCCUUUAUGCUGUACGUCAACCAUUCUGGAAGCUCCAUGUUUGGUUUAGCGUCGUUCUAUUCAGAGCUGAUGAAGGGAACAGGUGCAGCUUCAAGGCUGUUUGAGCUCGUUGACAGAACGCCAAAGAUAAGUGCAACAAAGGGAUUGCCGUUGACACACAGACCAACCGGUGAAAUCGAAUUCAAGAACGUUUGCUUUGCAUACCCAACAAGACCAAAGCUGACAAUCUUCAAGGAUCUAUGCUUCAAGAUACCAAGUGGUUCGAACGUCUGUAUCGUUGGGCCAUCAGGGCGUGGUAAAUCUACAAUCACGUCACUCCUGCUUCGUUAUUACAAUCCCACAUCGGGUGAAAUCUUACUAGAUGGCCAUGACAUUACCAAAUAUAACUCAAAGUCCUUGAGACGAUACUUGGGUGUUGUCCAGCAAGAACCAAUCCUGUUCUCGGGAACGAUACGUGAUAAUAUAACGUUUGGCUUGAAGGCUGUUAACGUUCCAGAGGAAGAAAUCAUUGAAGCUGCAAUAAAGGCCAACUGCCACGAUUUCAUCUCAAAGUUCCCGGACGGUUACGAUACAAUAAUCGGGCCUCGUGGUGCACUGUUAUCAGGUGGUCAGAAGCAAAGAAUAUCCAUUGCAAGGGCGCUCAUAAAGAACCCAAGCGUGUUGAUCCUUGAUGAAGCAACUUCCGCACUCGACUCGAAGAGUGAGUAUGCUAUAAACCAAACGUUACAAAAGUUGAUGCACGAUGAACAUAUGACGUCGAUCUCUAUUGCCCACAGAUUGAGUACGAUAAGAAAAGCUGAUAUCGUUAUUGUGUUGGGUUAUGACGGUAAAGUUGCUGAGCAAGGUGAUUUCCACACGUUGUACUCAAACAGAAACAGUGCUCUUUACAAGUUGUUGAACGAGGAGAAGGUUGAACAACACCCUCAUGAACACGAAUCAAAGCAUCCGAAGAAGAAACACGACGACACUAAACAAGAUGAACGUGAUGACGAAUAUAUGGAUGAAUUUAUCAAAGAUGAAAUGAUGAAAAAGAGUCCAGAGGAUCUCUCCGCUAAUUUGGAGCAUAUAAAGACGCCAUCUUCACCAAUUCAAAAGUGA